AUGCCAGAUUUGCUCAGAAAUCCUGCUCCGACGCUUCAUCCUAAUCCAGUCAUUGGUGUCGCUUUUGGCAAGUAUGAUGACAAGAAGAAGGCAUCGUACGAAUGGCUGUGGAUAUUCUUUCUUCACCCCUCGGGAUUGCCAAUCUUGCUUCGCAUUUUGGCUGGUACCGUUGAUCCACAUCCUCUCAUAGAACCGGCCGUACGGCAUGUGUUCGCCACCUUCCGUAUAGUGGUAUUUCUAUGCAGACAUUGGACAAAAUCUACUUUUGGCAUGCACGUCCGAACUGGUGAUGAUGAUGAGCACCUGAUCAAGAAUGAACGGACGGUGUAUGUUAAUUUUUGGUUCAUUGAUAGAGCUCGGCAGGCUCAAUUAGUUCCCCAAAAUCCUGCAGACCUUCAUCGGCAUAUGUUUCUCGCGGCCAUCGGUUUCGCUCAUGAGUAUGUGCAUGUCUUGAGACGACAGGUCCACGUUGUCUUGAAGACGCAAUCAGAGGUGCAUAUACCUUUCUGGACUCCGUCACGGUCGACUUCUUCUGGUCUCACAGUCGAAGAAGAAGGUGGUUGGUUAUUCGAGGAGGGAUUGUUAGGAGGAAGAGCCUGCGGCCUGUGGAUCGACGAAAAAUCAUCAGACGAUGAAGACGACGGUGAACGGCGUCGACGAAAUCAGAUUGCAGCAGUAGAUCUUGAGGCUGCAAACGCCAUGGAUUUACUCUUUUCAUCUAAUGAAGACAAAGACUUGACAAAUCGGGAGCAAGAAGUCAGAGUACCUCGAAACCAACCCUUUGACUAUGUGAUCAUUAAGAAAUGGAACAAGGACAAGGAGAAAGACAGUGAACAGUGGUUUGAAGUGUCGGAUGAUUGGCUUAAGCAGGUCUACACAGCAUUUGAGACAGGCAAAUUCAGUGAAGCUGCUUUCCCGCCCACUAUCGAUCCUUUGGCAAUGACCACAGAAGAACGAAAACACACGACUCUAUAUCGACAAGAAAUCGAGGCCGAUGACUUUUGCAUCUUAAUCAGGACUUGA